CUCAAUCCAAAGACCAUCUCUCCAUCUCUCUCCUCCCUCGGGUGAGUACUAGACCCUCCCAGCUACCCUCCCUCUUUUCCCCGCGCUUUCCCUUCCCUUCCCGUUCCGAAACCGGGCCUUUUUCUUCCUUCCCCGGAAGCACCUCCCUAGGUGACUCACGGGCAGCUCCAUUGCAAGCAUUGUUGGCUUGCUUUUGUCCCGACCCUCAUUGGUCUUUCCGGCUAACUCGAGCGUGAUUAAAUACCCAGCUCUGUGCCUUUCCCUUCUAGAACCUCUAGAAUCGCUUUCCUCCUCCAUCCCCUCCUCCCCUCUCCCCACCUCCUUCCCCCCUCCAUCCAUUUACUCCGCCUUCAUCACACUUUCCCAACCCGCUCGCCAUGGCUGCUCCCCGUCAGCCCGAGGAGGCAGUCGACGACACCGAGUUCGUCGAUGACCACCAUGACCACCACCGGGAUUCCGUCCACACACGUCUGCGCGCCAACUCGGCCAUCAUGCAGUUCCAGAAGAUCCUCGUUGCCAACCGUGGCGAGAUCCCCAUCCGUAUCUUCCGGACGGCCCACGAGCUGUCCCUACAGACCGUCGCCGUCUACUCCCACGAGGAUCGCCUCUCCAUGCACCGUCAGAAGGCCGAUGAGGCCUACAUGAUCGGCCACCGCGGCCAAUAUACCCCGGUCGGUGCCUACCUGGCCAUUGACGAGAUUGUCAAGAUCGCCCUCGAGCAUGGCGUGCACCUGAUCCACCCCGGAUAUGGGUUCUUGUCCGAGAACGCCGAGUUCGCCCGCAAGGUUGAAGAGGCCGGCAUGGUCUUCGUUGGCCCCACCCCCCACACCAUCGACAGCCUGGGCGACAAGGUCUCGGCCCGUCAGCUGGCCAUGCGCUGCAACGUGCCUGUCGUCCCCGGUACUCCCGGCCCCGUGGAGCACUACGAGGAGGUCAAGGCCUUCACCGACACCUACGGGUUCCCCAUCAUCAUCAAGGCCGCCUUCGGUGGUGGUGGUCGUGGUAUGCGUGUUGUCCGCGACCAGGCCGAGCUGCGUGAUUCCUUCGAGCGUGCCACCUCCGAGGCUCGCUCUGCCUUUGGCAACGGCACCGUCUUCGUCGAGCGCUUCCUCGACCGCCCCAAGCACAUUGAAGUUCAGCUCCUGGGUGACAACCACGGCAAUGUCGUCCACCUGUUCGAGCGUGACUGCUCCGUCCAGCGUCGUCACCAGAAGGUCGUCGAGAUUGCCCCGGCCAAGGACCUGCCGGCUGAGACUCGCGACCAGAUUCUGGCUGAUGCCGUGAAGUUGGCCAAGUCCGUCAACUACCGCAACGCCGGUACUGCGGAGUUCCUGGUCGACCAGCAGAACCGCUACUACUUCAUUGAGAUCAACCCCCGUAUCCAGGUCGAGCACACCAUCACGGAGGAGAUCACGGGCAUCGAUAUCGUUGCCGCUCAGAUCCAGAUUGCCGCCGGUGCUACGCUGGAACAGCUGGGUUUGACCCAGGACCGCAUCUCCACCCGUGGGUUUGCUAUCCAGUGCCGUAUCACUACUGAGGAUCCUUCCAAGGGCUUCUCCCCCGACACCGGUAAGAUCGAGGUGUACCGCUCUGCCGGUGGUAACGGUGUCCGUUUGGAUGGUGGCAACGGAUUUGCUGGCGCUAUCAUUACCCCUCACUACGACUCCAUGCUGGUCAAGUGUACCUGCCGUGGUUCCACCUACGAAAUCGCUCGCCGCAAGGUCGUCCGUGCCUUGGUUGAGUUCCGUAUCCGUGGUGUGAAGACCAACAUUCCUUUCUUGACCUCCCUGCUGAGCCACCCGACGUUCGUGGACGGUACCUGCUGGACCACUUUCAUUGACGACACCCCCGAGCUGUUCGCCCUCGUCGGUAGCCAGAACCGUGCCCAGAAGCUGCUGGCUUACCUGGGUGAUGUGGCUGUCAAUGGCAGCAGCAUCAAGGGCCAGAUCGGAGAGCCCAAGCUCAAGGAAAGCAUCAUCAAGCCUACCUUGUACAACGAGGCAGGCAAGCCCAUCGAUGUCUCUGCCCCCGCCACCAAGGGUUGGAAGCAGAUCUUGGACCAGGAGGGUCCCGUGGCCUUUGCCCGCGCGGUGCGUGCUAACAAGGGCUGUCUGAUCAUGGACACCACCUGGCGUGAUGCCCACCAGUCGUUGUUGGCUACCCGUGUGCGUACCAUUGACCUUCUCAACAUCGCCCACGAGACAAGCCACGCCCUCUCCAACGCCUACAGUCUGGAAUGCUGGGGUGGUGCCACCUUCGACGUCGCCAUGCGUUUCCUGUAUGAGGACCCCUGGGACCGCCUGCGCAAGAUGCGCAAGGCUGUUCCCAACAUCCCCUUCCAGAUGCUGCUCCGUGGUGCCAACGGAGUCGCCUAUUCUUCCCUCCCCGACAAUGCCAUCUACCACUUCUGUAAGCAGGCCAAGAAGUGUGGUGUUGACAUCUUCCGUGUCUUCGAUGCUCUCAACGAUGUUGACCAGCUCGAGGUCGGUAUCAAGGCUGUCCACGCUGCUGAGGGUGUUGUCGAGGCCACCAUCUGCUACAGUGGUGACAUGCUGAACCCCCACAAGAAGUACAACCUCACCUACUACUUGGACCUCGUUGAAAAGGUGGUUUCGUUCAAGCCCCAUGUCCUGGGUAUCAAGGAUAUGGCUGGUGUGCUCAAGCCCCAGGCUGCUCGCCUGCUGAUCGGAGCCAUCCGUGAACGCUACCCUGACCUGCCUAUCCACGUCCACACCCACGAUUCCGCCGGAACUGGUGUUGCGUCCAUGAUUGCUUGCGCCCAGGCUGGUGCUGACGCCGUGGAUGCUGCCACGGACAGCCUUUCUGGUAUGACCUCCCAGCCCAGCAUUGGUGCUAUCCUCGCUUCGCUCGAGGGUACCGAGAAUGACCCUGGCCUCAACUCGGCCCAUGUGCGCGCUCUGGACACCUACUGGGCGCAGCUACGCCUGCUUUACUCGCCUUUUGAGGCGGGCCUGACCGGUCCCGACCCCGAGGUCUACGAGCACGAGAUCCCCGGUGGUCAGCUGACCAACCUGAUCUUCCAGGCCAGCCAGCUUGGCUUGGGCCAGCAAUGGGCUGAGACCAAGAAGGCCUACGAGUCUGCGAACGACCUGCUUGGCGAUAUCGUCAAGGUCACCCCCACUUCGAAGGUGGUCGGUGACUUGGCCCAGUUCAUGGUCUCAAACAAACUGAAUGCCGAGGAUGUGGUUGCCCGCGCUGGGGAGCUCGACUUCCCCGCUUCCGUGCUGGAGUUCCUUGAAGGUCUCAUGGGUCAGCCCUUCGGUGGGUUCCCUGAGCCCCUCCGCUCGCGCGCGCUGCGCGACCGUCGCAAGCUGGACAAGCGCCCCGGUCUCUACCUGGAGCCCCUGGACCUGGUGAAGAUCAAGAGCCAGCUCCGGGAGAAGUUCGGCGCUGCUACCGAGUAUGAUGUGGCCAGUUAUGCCAUGUACCCCAAGGUCUUUGAGGACUACAAGAAGUUCGUCCAGAAGUUCGGUGAUCUGUCCGUCCUGCCCACUCGUUACUUCUUGGCUAAGCCCGAGAUUGGCGAGGAGUUCCACGUCGAGCUGGAGAAGGGUAAGGUUCUGAUCCUGAAGUUGUUGGCUAUUGGUCCUCUCUCCGAGCAGACUGGACAGCGUGAGGUCUUCUACGAAGUCAACGGUGAAGUGCGUCAGGUCAGUGUCGAUGACAACAAGGCCUCCGUCGAGAACACCGCCCGCCCCAAGGCCGAGCUGGGUGACAGCAGCCAGGUCGGUGCUCCUAUGAGCGGUGUGGUGGUUGAGAUCCGUGUCCAUGACGGUUUGGAAGUCAAGAAGGGUGACCCGCUUGCGGUCCUGAGUGCCAUGAAGAUGGAAAUGGUUAUCUCUGCUCCCCACAGCGGCAAAGUCUCCAGCUUGCUGGUCAAGGAAGGUGACUCCGUGGAUGGCCAGGAUCUCAUCUGCAAGAUCGUGAAGGCCUAAGCGUACCAAUUGGAGCCGGGAUCUAACGAAUUGAAAAAAGCUUAUGUCGAGGUCCAUGUCCUUGCAACAGGCGUAACGUCGAAUAUGUUAGGACUACGUGUUUGUGCUGUUUAGAUUAGAGCGUUUGCUAUGCGUAUGAAUUGUUUUGGGUCGGGUUUGGGUCACGUCCAUGUUUGCUAGUUUUAUAUCUCAUUUACACAAGUUAUGGUUGCUCAAGAUAAAUUCUUUCAGCCAUUGAAUGAACCGAGU